GUCCUGGAACUCCCGUCAUUCCCUCAGCUCAGGGCUACGUCAGCAGUGGGACAGAAAGAUGGCGGCAUUCAUAGACAAGUUCGUGGCUACCGGCUUAUUAAUAAUUCUUUCAGUAUGUAGUCAAAUUUGUGCAGACGCAGUAUCAUCCUCGAGUGACACUCCACACCGCCGCUUUGAGUACAAAUACAGCUUCAAAGGACCCCACCUUUCGCAAAGCGAUGGUUCAAUACCCUUUUGGAUUCACACUGGAAAUGCUAUUCCAAGUGCUGAUCAGAUUCGAAUAACUCCAUCUUUAAGGAGUCAAAAAGGAUCAGUGUGGACAAAAAAUAAAGCCAAGUUUGAAAACUGGGAAAUAGAAGUUACCUUUCGUAUCACUGGAAGAGGUCGAGUCGGAGCUGAUGGACUUGCAGUAUGGUACACAUCUGACCAGGGCCUGGAUGGUCCAGUGUUUGGAGCAGCAGACUCCUGGAAUGGCCUUGGAGUUUUCUUUGACUCAUUUGACAAUGAUGGAAAGAAAAACAACCCAACAAUCGUAGUUGUUGGAAAUAAUGGAAAACUUGUAUAUGAUCAUGAAAAUGAUGGUUCAACUCAAGCACUUGGUUCAUGCCUGAGGGAUUUCAGAAAUAAACCUUAUCCUGUCAGAGCCAAAGUUACAUAUUAUCAAAAGACUUUAACGGUUUUAAUAAACAAUGGCUUUACACCAGACAAAGAGGAUUAUGAAUUUUGUGUUAAAGUGGACAAUAUGAUUCUUCCACUAGAAGGCUUUUUUGGCAUUUCUGCAGCAACAGGCGGCCUUGCAGAUGACCAUGAUGUCUUAUCGUUUCUGACAUUUAGGCUGACAGAGCCAGGCCAUCAAGAGGCAGUUCCAGAAACAGAAAUACCACAAGAAGAAAAGGAAAAAUACCAGGAGGAGUUUGAACAUUUUCAACAGGAACUUGAUAAAAGGAAAGAAGAAUAUCAAAAGGAUCAUCCCAGUGUUCAUGGAGAACCAACGGAAGAUGUUUAUGAAUCUGUUAAUGACAGAGAGAUUCGCCAGGUUUUUGAAGGACAAAAUAGAAUUCACUUGGAGAUAAAACAGUUAAACAGACAACUGGACAUGAUCUUAGAUGAACAAAGGCGCUAUGUAUCUGUAGUAACAGAUGAAAUUGCCAAGAGAUCUGCAUCUCAAGGUCAACCAGCACAGGUGCCUAUCCAAGAGCUUGAUAAUAUUGUAAGAAUCCAACAGGAAGUUCUUAAAAGUAUCAAUGAUGUGAGGAACAGUUUGUCAGAGUCCCUAAGGCAAGUAGGUGCAAUUCAUAACCAAGCUAAUCCUGCUGGAACGUAUGAAACCAUGCAGCACUUCAGUGACCUAAAAGAACAUCUUCAUAUGGUGAAGAGGAGUGUGGACCAUUUAGUACAGCAAAGUGUGGGGCCAAGUGAAAAGGCCAGAUGUCCUGAACUGCCUCCUUUUCCAUCAUGUUUGUCGACAACGCAUUUCUUUAUUUUUGUAGCUGUUCAGACUGUAUUAUUUAUCGGAUAUAUGAUGUACAGGAGUCAACAAGAAGCAGCUGCUAAAAAGUUCUUUUGAUGAAAACCAUCUUGUUUAUGACCAAUGAUAAUUGCAAAGAAAAACUAUGUAAAUGAGGGAAUUUUUAAGUGUUAAUUUUUUUUUGAAACCUAAAUUAUUACAAAUGAGUCUGCAGUAUUUUGUUAAGUAUCCAUCAGAGUUUACUUCUUUCAUUGGAUGAUUGAUAAAAGUUAAAUUAUUAUAGAGCACCUUUCUUAAAUCUUCUGUUAUCAGUAGUUGGGCUCUCCAACAGUCCAAAGCGAACACUUAAUGAAAGUACUUACUCAGCCUAGUUCAGCUCCAUUCUUGUUACUUUAAAAAUUGCAAUGUAUGUGUCAAAUUUAUUCAGAAACUCAUAUUUUUAAUCUGUUUGAGGAGAAAUAAUCACAAGUAUGACACAGUAGUGUGUAUUGCAUUAACUCCCUUAAUUUUGAUUUUCUUUAAAACAGAUUUGAUUUUCAUUUGCAAAACAGGUGAUUGUAAUCCCACAUAGCCUACCUUUUUAUUUAAACCACAAUGGUAAUUUAAAACAUAAUGUUAAUUGUUUGACCCUAAAGCUAUGAAUAUUUAUGUAAAAAAAUAUAAGUUGCAUUUUGGCAAAAAUGAUUAUUUUCUGUUUUGUAUAAGCAAUUGAAAUGCCAAAAUAUCUUUGUUUAUGGUCACGUCUGUUGUUUGAUUUUAAUUCUUAUUUUUUUUUGUCAUGAUCUAAAAUGAUUGGAAUAUUAAUAGAAUGUUAAAUUCAUUUCUGUACAGAUGUGUGAUCUCAAAUAUGAAAAUACUUAACAGUUUUUAAUUAUUUUGUCUUUUGUUAUUUACAAGAAACUAUUUUCAGACAUGUACUUUGUUUUUUUAAAUUUCCAGACUGUGCUUCAUUUCUUUUUUUUUUUCUUUGCUGAUGGUUCAAUCCUGUGAAUUUGGCUUUUUUAUUCUAUUAUUUCUUUUAUAGCAUAGUUUGAAUCUGUAAUAAACAUUUUCCCUUCUUUAGUUUGUUAGUUGAACUCGUAUCUGCCAUGAACUCAAUUUUUUAAGGACUGGGAUGGACUGAAGUUCAAAAUCUCCAUGGUGCUGAACAACUGACAUAAAUGUAACAAGACAUUUCGUCAAUAUUUCAAUUUCACCAAUGGAAUAAAAUAAUUUUAUACUGUAAAGAACUAAAU